AUGGCAGAUCAGAAGAUGCAAUACGUCAACUUGGGCAAGUCCGGCCUCAAGGUAUCCAAAGUCAUCCUGGGUGCCAUGAGCUUCGGUAGUUCCAAGUGGCAGCCGUGGGUCCUGGACGAGGCUGAGAGCUUGCCGCUUCUCGAGCAUGCAUACAAGAGCGGCAUCAACACCUGGGAUACGGCUGAUAUCUACUCCCACGGCCACUCGGAGAAGAUCAUCGCAAAGGCGUUGAAGCAAUACAACAUCCCGCGUAACAAAGUCGUCCUCCUCUCCAAAUGCUACUUCGGCGUCGUCGAGGAAGACCCCAGUCUGGGCAUCGCGAGCGUAUCCACCAAUGACGGCGAGAUGGUCAACCAAGUCGGCCUCAGCCGCAAGCACAUCUUCGAUGCAGUCGAGAAGAGCAUCGAACGCCUCGGCACCUACAUCGACGUGCUUCAGAUUCAUCGGUUGGACCGCGGUACGCCCCGGGAAGAGAUCAUGAAAGCGCUCAACGACGUGAUCGAACGCGGAUGGGUUCGUUACAUAGGCGCAUCUUCAAUGGCAGCGUGGGAGUUCCAGACGCUACAGAACAUCGCCGACCGCAACGGAUGGCACAAAUUCAUCUCCAUGCAGAACUACUACAACCUUAUCUACCGCGAGGAGGAGCGCGAGAUGAUUCCAUACUGCCAGGACACCGGUGUCGGCCUCAUUCCUUGGUCUCCGAUCGCUCGUGGGGCUCUUACCCGGCCUUGGAGUGACCGCACCUCCAAGCGCGCUGAGACGGACAAGUUCCUCGAGAUGCUUGUGCACGGCCGCGAAGACGCCAUUGACAAGAAGAUCAUAGAGCGUGUGGAAGAGGUGGCGAAGAAGAACAACGUUAGCAUGGCGUGUAUAGCGACUGCGUGGACGAUUAAGAAGGGAGUUUGCCCCAUUAUUGGGUUGAGCUCCAAGGAGAGGAUCGAUGAGACUGUACGCAACAGCAACUUCAACCUCAGUGAUGAGGAUGCGAAGUAUUUGGAGGAGGUUUAUGUGCCGAAGGCCAGGCAGGGCUUCUAG